AAAUGUCAUAACAAAGUACAACUACGAACUCAAAGGCACUCAAAGGCAAAACUUUUGCUCUGAACACAGGCUCUGAAAUGAAAACGAUUAAAAAUGACAAAAUUAUUUUCCAUAUCUGAUAUUCCCGAGUUUUCUAAAAAAGAGCGUAUUGUUGUUGUGGGUGUGAUAGGAAAGUCGCCGUACCGGUACCCUAACAAAACAACCCCACUUCUGCCGGCCUCCCAGUGUGAAGAAAAUGGUAUAGAAUGCCACUGGGAUGAAAGGAAAUCCAUCCUCUAUCUCCAUGCAGUCACUUACCUGGACACCAAGCGGCUGGUGUCCUUAGCUGCAAGCUUAAAUGAGGAGGCAAAGAGUACAGUCAAAGAUGCAGAUGCAGCACACUGGCUGGUGGCGUCGGGAGAGCUAGCAAUAGACUCAUGUAGAGCUAUUGCACUGAUCUUCCAUCUCUGUCACAUUGUGGUGCUGUCAUCACCCACUUCUGUGUUUGAUAUGGGCUACUUGCAGUUGUUUAAAGCUGUUGAUGGAUAUAGGGCAGAACUGACCGCAGCAACCACAGAGGCUCUCCUACGCUCAGGUGUGGGUGGUGCGUGGGACUCCCAUGGGCGCCCAUGUUGCCCACGCUUGCUGUUCCAUUUCCGGCGCGCGCCCACGCCGCUGAAGCGCGCACCCGCUGCGCUGAAGAGACUGGAGCAUGCAAUGGAAGAUCAGAUUUACUUCAUACUGAGGAAAGCCAGGAUCAUCACUAAUGUAUGUGCAAAAUCCCUGUUUGCGAUCCCAAAGAACGAGGAAUUCGUGUACAUAAGCUCGGACACUGAGGCUGGCUCUGCUCGCGACGUGAGUUCGCUCAUCAAGGGGCUGGUGCAGCUGUGCGCGGGGGCGGAGCCCGAGCACGCGCCUGCACGCAGCUUCCGCGCCUUCCUGCAGAGCCAUCUGGACUUGGCCUUCGGGGACGGCUUCGACGACAAUGUGGGGAAGUAUGCCAUGACCACCUCAUUCUUUGAAUUACCGAGCGCGUCGUCGUGGCGCGCGGCGGCGCGGGCGCUGGCGCCGCUGUACCUGCGGGCGCAGGGCGCGGAGGCGGAGGAGGGCGGCGCGCUGUUCGACGCGCUCGCCACUGACGUGCGCUUCUCUCAGGCCAGAUGUGCCAAGGUUCUGCCCAUAGCUCAAGCGUCGUAUGCAGAAGGGUUGCCGUCACACUACUCCAGUCAACACCAUGCGCAUAAGGUGGGCGUGGCUCUGGGUGUGGUGGAGGCGAUGGCGCGCGGGCCGCUGGCGGGCGCGGCGCGCGAGCGGCUGCGAGCGGCGUGCGCGGCCACGUGGCGCACGCGCACGCUGUGCGAGGCGCCCUCGCUCACCGGCCACCCGUGCGUGCACCCGCACCACGACAGUUCCAAGGAGCACUCGUCAGGGGUCCGCUACAUCAGCGCGUGCAACUGCGGGCGCAGCAAGUGCUCGCGCGAGGACCCCUACACCGUGAAGCAGGCCAACUACAGCUUCUACGUGCGCGCGGCCGACGAGUGCGGCGUGUGCAACACGCUGCAGAACAUAGAGUUCCCCGUCUUCCAGCCCUCCACGCCCAGCUUCAGAGCGGCAUCAGUGAAAGGCGCAGAGGAAGCCGCCUCGCGCUCCGAGGGCAAGGAGGCGGAGGGGGAGGGGGAGAGCGAGCCGCCCGCCGCGCCCUCCCCCGCCUCGCCGCGCUCCCCCUGGACGCCCCCCGACGAGCUGUCCCCGGGCUCCGCGGGGGACGACGACGAGGAGGAACCGGAGCCCUGCAGCGAUACCGGGAUAGAAGUUGUCACCGUGCAGGAAACUAGUGCACCCGAGAAAGGAAUCAGUCGUCAGCCGUCGACGACGGAGUACCUGCCCGGCAUGCUGCACACGGGCAGCCCGGCCGGCCUGCUGCCCGCCUUCCCCAGCUGGUCGCUGGUGUGCCUGGGCGCGUCGUCGCUGUACUCGCACAGCGCGGGGCUGCCCGAGCACCUGCAGCCCGGCUUCCUGCCGCACACCAACUACCUGCUGCCGUGGGACUGCAGCGUGCGCGCCGAGCCCGCCGCGCCGUGGCGCGGGCGCGGCCGCGGCAAGCCCGCCUCGCAUAGCCUCACCGUCAAGAUCUUCAUCGGCUUCGAGUACGAGUGUCCUAGAGGUCACAGGUUCAUGAUGUCGUCCCCCGACACGGUGGUGUCCGGCGGCGGCGCGUGGACGCGCGAAGUGGGCGGCGCAGGCGGGCCGGGCGCGCGCCUGGCCGCGGCGCCCAUGCCGCUGCAGGCGCCGUGCCUCUGCCGCGCGCACGUGCACGCGCAGCUGGCGCGCCUGCACGUCGUCACGCCCAAGGCCUCCGUGCACGUCACGCUCGACCCCAAGGUGCAGCCGGUCCCGGGCGGGCCCGUGUUCACGCCGCUGGGCAGCGGCGCGGCACCGCUCCGGCUGAGCACGUCCGCGUACUGGGUGCUGCGCUUCCCCUUCGUGUUCGCGGACGAGCGCGGCGUGCUGCCCCGCGCGCGCGACCACGCCGCGGGCACCGUGCGCGCGCCCAUGUUCGGCCUGCAGGAGUGAGGACACUGAGGUGCAGUCGGUGCCGGCCAGCUCUCGCAGAUUCGGCCUACGGAGAAGAUUCACAGCCAUUCGUUCUACCGAAUGUGCGAAAAGGAGAUGCUUCCGCAGACAACACUUCUGUUAUUGGCCUUUUUAAAUAUGCUAUGAAGUUGCAGCUCUUUUAUAUGUGUUACUCCAUUCAAUAUAUCAAGGUAUAUACUAUGUACACUAAAUGAAAAUCAGCGUUCCAAGUUUGGUAGAUUGUCAACUGAUUGACGUCCACUGUUGGACAUAGGUAUCUUGUAGGGACUUCCAUACGCCGCGAUCUUGCACCUCUUCAAACUAAGGGAGUUUUUCGGUCUGAGGUCGCCAUUCCAGUACCUUAAGAUCCCAAUAUCAAUCAGUUCUUGGAAUGAUAAUAAUUUAGCAGUUGAAAAGAUAAAACCAAAUGGUGGUUAUGCCCACAGAGAAAGUGCGCGAGAACAGAAUGUAUGUAAAAUAUGACCUCCCUGAUCAUGUAGGCCGAUAUUUAAAUGACGAAAAUCUCAGUGCAUUUUGGAAGCAGGAAUUUUCCUAAAAAGAAUCUGGAAUUAUUUGAAAAUGUAAAAGUUAAACCUAAGGCAAAUGCCUCUACUCGUUUCUCAAGAUAUCUCACUAGAACUUUAUUGUUGUGUAUUUUACUUGUAUUCUUAGUUGAAACUGGUGCGGUUUGGUCUAGUCUUCCCACGAGUUAAACCAGAGUUCUGCUAAAAAAGCCUCAAAAAGAUUGGCACAAUGAACAGAAUCAUUAUGGUAGCCAUAUACGAUCAAAUUCACCGUCAAGUAAAACUUGUCGGUGUAUGCCGUGCAUGAUGUCUUGUGAACUUGACCGGCAAACUUGAUCGUGUUAGCGAGAUAGUCGGCUAGCGUUAGGUAUACUCCAAAGAACUACAAGACAUCAUCCAUAAUAGUAAAUGGUAUACAGGUGAAAUAUUGGUUACAUUAAUAAAAUAUAACUUCUGAAAAGA